AUGCUGAAUAUUAAGGCUUCUUCUUCUAACCACAUUCCUUCUUUGGCCACUUCUCUUAUCUCGGUUGUAGAAGCUUUAGCUUUUUCAUGCAAGGUUGUCGCAAUUGUUUUGACAUCGGAUUUAUCCUUCUUCCAGAAUCUAUUUAAGGGGGGAAAUAUGGAAAUGGCUUAUGAGCUUGCCUAUAACAUGUUCAAAGCUUCUUCUAUCUUUUCUUUUGUCUCUACUGGACAUGGUGAUGCCUUGGCCCCGGGUAGUCCCUUUAAGGAAAAGGAUAUUUGGAAAUGGAAAGUUGAAGCUAUGGAGAUAAAGUGCACUAAUCUUCAGAAGGAGCUUGUUGCUUUGUAA